UACGGCAAGUUCAAUCUGUUUAAGCAAAGCACGAAUAUAUCUGUUUCGGACCAAUGGGCCUAGACAUACACAAGUAGUUUCCAGGCCUACUCCAGUCUCCAGGCCCAGGCAAAACAGCCCCGGACCGCGUGCGUUUCGCUUCCGGCUUCCGCCCCUGCUGUUUCUUGGCGUUCACCCCCUCUUUCUCUCGUGGCGACGACGGCGACCGUCGCCGCCCCCCUACGCGCUAGGUGCCAGGGUCCGUCGGGUCCUUCGCUGGCGACGAGCACCUACCAGGCGAUCCAGUGGUGUGUUUGGGAAGGUUUCCGCGGUCGGGCGGCGCCCCCCAGUGGCGAAGAUGAUCCGACUACCGACGUACGCAGCGUUCAGCCUGCUGGCGACGGCGUCGGCGGCGUACUACGCGUUCAGCAGCCGUGAGCAGUUCUACCCGGCGAUGGUGUACCUCUCCACCUCCAAGAUCUGCUUCGUGCUGCUCCUCAACACGGGCCUCGUCGCCAUGUGCGUCGCCUGGCAGCUCGCCAGGCGCCUCUUCCUCGGCUCGCUCCGUGAGGCCGAGGUUGAGCGCCUCAACGAGCAGUCCUGGCGGGAGGUCAUCGAGAUCCUCUUUGCUGUCACCAUCUUCCGACAGGAUUUCUCUGUUUCCUUUCUUGCCAUGGUUGCUGCGCUUCUCCUCGUCAAGGCGCUGCACUGGCUUGCACAGAAGAGGGUCGAGUACAUUGAGACCACGCCCUCUGUGCCCUUGCUCUCGCACAUCAGGAUCGUCUCCUUCAUGGUUUUCCUGCUUACCGUCGACUGCCUCUUCCUGUCAAACUCGCUCAGGUCACUCAUACAGAAGCAGGAGGCGUCCGUUGCCAUCUUCUUCUCCUUUGAGUAUAUGAUACUAGCAACAUCCACAGUAUCAACAUUCGUGAAGUAUAUAUUCUAUGUUAGUGACAUGCUAAUGGAAGGUCAAUGGGAGAAAAAGGCAGUGUAUACAUUUUACUUGGAGCUCAUAAGUGACCUUGUGCACUUGUCAUUAUACAUGCUCUUCUUCAUAGCUAUCUUCCUGAACUAUGGUGUCCCGCUGCACUUGAUUCGUGAGCUAUAUGAGACUUUCCGCAACUUCAGAAUUCGCAUUGCAGAUUAUGUGCGCUACAGAAAGAUCACUUCCAACAUGAAUGAACGCUUUCCAGAUGCUACAUCAGAAGAGCUCGAUGUGAGUGAUGCUACAUGUAUUAUUUGCCGUGAGGAGAUGACUACAGCAAAGAAACUGCUCUGUGGGCAUCUGUUCCAUGUGCAUUGUCUAAGGUCGUGGCUAGAACGCCAACACACUUGCCCCACGUGCAGAGCUCCAAUCAUUCCCGCAGAUAAUGGACAUGCUGUAUCAGCACGACAACAUGGAGCCCAGGCUGGGGUUCAGCCUGCUGCAGGUACUGCCACUCCAUCCUCAGAAGGAGCACCAGGUGAGAACAUGAGCAGGCACCAAGCAAAACUUGAAGCUGCUGCAGCGGCAGCUUCUUUAUAUGGAAGGUCUUUUGUUUAUCCUCCAGCAAACACCCUAAAAAGCAGGUCUGUUCCUCCUCAGCCUGCAUCAAGUACACCACAAUCUGAAGCAAGUAGCUCCAAUCAUCAGUCACAAAAAGACCAAGAAAUGCAGUCCCGAAACAGCAGCGAUGGUUUAGUGCCUCUGCCUCUUAAUGCAGAUGGUGCUGUUGGUUCAGGAACAAGCACAAGGGACCUUGAAAAUUCACUUCAGAAGGCACAAGAAAACUUUAUUAAGAGCCAGAUUGAGAUGUUACAGAUCCAACUGCAAAUGGUGCAGCGUGGCGCUGCUGGGCCGCCCAGUAACGAGAAUACUGAGCACACAGAAGAAUGACUGAAUCUGUGAACAGACACUUCUGCAUCGUGGUGUAAUAAUAAGGAGAAUACUGAUGAGCACACAGCUGAAUCUGUAAAUAGGCGGCGAUGAGGAUGGGACAAAAGAAAGCCAAGGAUUGGCGAUACCUGGGGCUGGGGGAAACUGUUACAUGAUGUCUUGCCUGGAUUUUUGGCAGGCCUGUUAAUUUAUGCUUCACUAUUAGUGCCUUGUUGCCAGCACCAGAUGUUUCUCUCUCUCUGUGUGUGUGUGGUGGUUUCUGUACAUGAAAGCCUUUUGACGGGAGAACCAACCAUGGCUAGUUUAAUUAUGAAGUUCACUUGUUGUACCCGAGGGAAAAUAGAAAUGACUCUUGUUUUUGCCUAUCUA